GCAUCAGUAGCUCCCCAGCUGUCGUCCAACGACGCUUCGUCUCCUUCGCAGCAGCAGCAGCAGCAGCAGCGACGGCGCUGAUCGAGGUGUAGGAAAUCGCGACUCGCGAUCCAUCGUGUGGUGAAAAGUUUUCUUUUUAGAAAGAAAAGAGCUUUUCCUUCGAUCCGAAUAGUCACUCAACAUCCGACUACGUUACGAUGGCCCGUCUUCUUCAGUCGCUCGCUAACACCACGAUGGCUCUGCAUUCUGCUACCACCAACGUCGUCACCGCCAGCGGUCGUCGGUGUUGAUAUAGUUGUUGCUUCGCCUGUUUUAGUUCACAUAUCCCUUCAACAACAACAACAACAACAUUACAACAAUUCCCGAAUACUACAGUAACCAGCUGCAGUUAGUGCCUGUGUACCACAUAGACACAGAGAGAGAGAGGCAACAAUUUUUCCAUCACGUGUGUGUUUCUGUAAGCCGUGACGAGACGCAUACGAACACAAAUCCAUCAGCAGCAACGUAACAGUAUUAUCCUUUCAUCAUCUGUCUAAUUAUCAUCGCGCUUCGUAUCGGUAAUCGCCGAUACCACCAGAGGAGAUUGUAUUGCAGCGGACGAUCGGAGACUAGCUAGUCUAGGAGCAAACCGUCACUUCAAUUAAAAAAAAAAAAAAAACAAAUCAUGACGGCCAGUAAGGAGUACCUGGCCAAUGGCGAACCGCAGAAACCGGACCAGCGGUUCGGAUCACGGCACUAUGUCGUGUUCAUGCUGUUCCUCGGCAUGGCAAACGCGUACGUCAUGCGCACCAACAUGUCGGUGGCGAUCGUGGCGAUGGUCAACCAGACGGCGAUCGAGAAAGAGUCCGAACUGUUGGACGACGAGUGCCCGGAUACGGAUUAUGGCGAGGACACCGGCAGUGAUCCGGCCGAUGAUGGCGAGUUCGUGUGGAGUACCAGUAUGCAGGGCUACAUCCUUAGUUCCUUCUUCUACGGCUACGUCAUCACGCAGAUUCCGUUCGGUUUGCUGGCCAAGCGGUACGGUGCGAUGCGGUUCCUGGGCUGGGGCAUGCUAAUCAACUCGGUGUUUGCGUUCGUCGUACCGGUGGCCGCUCGUAACGGUGGUGCCGGUUGGUUGAUUGCCGUCCGGUUCAUCCAGGGACUGGGAGAAGGUCCGAUCGUACCCUGUACGCACGCCAUGUUGGCCAAGUGGAUUCCACCGAAUGAAAGAUCACGCGUCGGUUCGAUCGUUUACUCGGGCGCCCAGUUCGGGACGGUCAUUUCGAUGCCACUGUCCGGGUUGCUGGCAGAUCACGGGUUCGAUGGUGGUUGGCCAUCGAUCUUUUACGUGUUCGGUAUCAUCGGAACCGUGUGGUCGGUCGCGUUUCUGUGGACCUGCCACGAGGACCCGGUGACGCACCCGUCGAUCCGGGAGGACGAAAAGAAGUACAUCCAGCAGUCACUGUGGGGUAACGCGUCCGUUCACAUUCCACCGAUCCCGUGGACCAGCAUCGCCAAAUCGCUACCGUUCUAUGCGAUCCUGUUGGCCCAUCUGGGACAGAACUAUGGCUACGAGACGCUCAUGACCGAGCUGCCCACCUACAUGAAGCAGGUGCUUCGUUUCUCCAUCAAAACGAAUGGUGUUCUGUCCGCCCUGCCCUAUCUGGCCAUGUGGCUGUUCUCGAUCGUCGUCGGAUGGGUGGCCGAUUGGAUGCUAACGUCGGGCCGCGUCAACCACACCUGGACCCGUAAGAUCUCCAACAGCAUCGGUCAGUACGGACCGGCGAUCGCGCUGAUCGUCGCCUCGUACACGGGCUGCAGCCGGGCGCUGACCGUCGCCAUCCUGACGAUCGGUGUUGGGCUCAACGGUGGUAUCUAUGCCGGUUUCAAGAUCAACCAUCUCGAUCUUACCCCACGGUACGCGGGCGUGCUGAUGGCGUUCACGAACUGUUCCGCCAACUUGGCCGGUCUGCUGGCACCGAUCGCUGCCGGUAACAUCAUCGAGGGUAAACCGACGAUCGCCCAGUGGCGUAUCGUGUUUGUGAUCGCGGCCUGCGUCUACAUCUUUACCGCCACGUUCUACAACAUCUUUGCCUCGGGCCAGCGCCAGUUCUGGGACAACCCGGAGAACGAUGAGCCCCAGAAGUCAUCGAUCGAGGCACCGGCCUACGCACCGAGCACGGCUGCCGGUCAAACGAGCAACGGUACGACGGCCUCCGAUACGCUCACCCAUCGGACGGUGAACGAGCAGCAAUCGUAAAGCGGCGGUGGCGUGAAGUCGAAUUCGAAUGUGCAUGUGUGUGUUGUGCUACUGGGGGGGAAAUUUAAGCCAAUCCAAUAUCCAAAUGGAAUUUUCUCCAUUAUCCUGCCAAUACAACCGAGUGACCGAGUGAACGAGUGAGUGAGAUGUGAGGUACAACCGGUCCGUGUUGUAUGCGUGUUAAAAAAAAAAUCGGAACGCCAGCCAGGUUGUCGUUUGUCAAUCGAUUAACGCAUUACGUGAUAGUGUAGUUAAGUUAAGGUGAUUCUUCACGUCCCACCAGCCCCCUUUUCCUUGUUUUUUUUCCUUGCAAUCCUGUGAAAUGUAUAGUUUAUUAGUUCACUUUUUUCUUGCGUUUUGAAAAAUCACGUUUUUGAACUCACCCAACAACAAACAUCAAUGGAAUUCUUUUUCUCAGGAAGUGUCAGCAUUGGACUUCUCGUCUAGCUUUUUUUUUUGUUUUUUUUUCUCUUGCUCCACGUAGUUCCGUGUUUUCGUUUUCUUCUUUCUUCAAACUCACACAUCAGCACGGGGUGUUUUGUAUUUAUUUUGUUGUUGUUUUUUUUUGCUACUCCAUUUCCAUUGCCAACCAAAUGCUGACGACGCUCCCGAUCCCCCGUUUCUCCUUCUAUUUUCUCUUCCGCCUAGACCGAUAAUGACGAAGAUGAUAAGAUAUUCGCUGGUCCCACUCGGGCUAUUUUGUAAAUAUUCGACUAGCGACUAGGGUGAACAUCGAGAACAGAGUACCACUAAAUAGGCCAUAGGUGAUUCCACAGGUGCGCGAGAUCGCUUGGCGAUCGUGGCAAGGCACGACAACAGACCGUGGCCGAGCCAGCGAGCCUGUUCCACGGGUUGUGAAAUACGGAUGCUACGCGAUCGCGUCGAAGAUAGAUUCUAGGACUCGCUAGUAUGCGUGCGAGGUGAGGCGACGAGUGACGUAGGUUUUGUUGUUUUUUGUUAACAGAAGAACGGACGAAAACGAGUUGAUAGAUUGAUAAGCCAGGUAGAGCGAGUGGGCGCGCGCGCGCGCGCAAAGUUGCACCAAAUGUUGACGUCGACAAGCAUCUAUCACCCCAAUCCCAAUCUCCUUUCUGGUGCGAGAGCAAGAUGAUAAUUAAAAGCAUGAUAGUAACGAUAAUAAAAUGGGUAUAAUGCGAACAGCGAACAGCGCACAACAACACAAA